AGAGGGAGAGAGAGAAAGAGAGAUAGAGAGAGAGAGAGAGAGAAUGAAAAAAAGGAGAAGGGAAGUUUAGGGGAAUGGAAGCCGCGGUAUAACGCGAAAUUACGUUGGUCCACACCGGUGGUCAGACGGGACCAAGAUGGCGGGCACUGCUCGGAAAACAGUCGGACUAAAAGAUUCCUGUUAUCUUUUGCCCCUUUUCUAUUUUCCUUUUCUUUUCGUUCGAUCAUUCUGCGCGUUCAAAGAAAGAAAAGAAAAAUGUACGGCGGGCUCUUCGUUCUUCUCCUUCGAUCAUCGACUCGACUGUAUCAAAACCAAAGUGUUUCUUCUCUUCUUUUCUCUUAUUCUUAUUAUAUUCAGGGAUUACAAAAAAUAUAUAUUAUAAUAUAUAUUUAAAAAAAAAAUAUAUAUAUAUAUGUAUAUAUGUAUAUAUAUAUAUAUAUAUAUAUAUAUAUAUAUAUAUAUAUGUAUGUAUAUCUAUAUAUAAAUGAAUUAAAAUAAAUUCUCUAUUUCGCAAGCUAUCGUUCGUACGAUCAACGAAGGAGAGGACACUGAUUUUUAUUUCAUAUAAACCGGAAGAUUUGGUCCGAUUGGCCCUGAAACGACUCGAUGUUAGCUACCUCACAGUAUCGUCGCACGUUUGGUAUAUGGUUCGAAAGAAAGAUUUCCGUGUGUCUUCGAACAUGAAGAGAUUAAGAAUUUAUAUAUAUUUCAAUAAUAUCAUGAUUAGUAUUCAGAUUGAAUUAAUAAUUAAAAAUUUAGCUCUAGUUUUUCCGUGAAAAGAAUUAUAACAAAGAAAAAGAGAAAGAGAAAAAACAAGAAACUUUCUCCCUUUUAUACGAAAGUCAUCUAAAAGAGUCUUUUUUUUUUGUUUAUUAUUUAAUAAUAAUAACUGGAUAAUAAAUCGGGCAAUUUCAUAAAGAUGAAAAUGUGUUUUUCUAAAAUCGAAAAAUCGCAGAAAUUUUUUUUUUUCUCUUUCGAACGAAGACAUACGGUUUCUUGCCGAUGGUGAUUCGUACGUAAAUGGUCUAAACAGUUCCAAAUUGUGCCUAAGUUUCGAGGUUACGUUUUUACUACAAGAUAAAACGCGAAAACGUUUAGUUCGAACGAGCUCGACCGACGGCGAAACGGUGAACGCGACAUGAGAAUAUAAAAAGUGUAUUAAAAGAGAAAGAAAAAAAGAAACGAAAGGAAUGCUACGAUGAUUACCUCCGAUAAACGUUCCAGGGCCGUCCGACCGCCAUCUUGCGUUCAAUUUUACGUUCCGUUUUGUCGAAUAAGUGCAAUUAGGUACACAUAACACGCUCACACCGAUACACUCGCGAUUACACUCGAUUACACCCACACUGAUAAUACGUACACCAGGCACACACGCAUACUAACAUACAUUUUACAUACGUUAAAAUGAAAAUCUGAAGAAAACGAACUGUUACGCGCUAGGUUACCGUUUUUUAAAUUCUAUUUUCAAUUCACGCAUUCUCGAAUGUUGGGAUUUUCGUGAUCAACGAAGAGCUGGCCUGUCGUUCAUUAUAUAGGGACGCGCGUUUAAUGACACACUUUAACACACAUGACAUUUAUACAGCAUACAUCACGCACAUACGUCGCAAAUGAAACCGACGUCGAUUCGACCCACGAUUCGAAAACCUUCUUGUUCUUUAUUUCUCCUUCGAAUCUAACGUCGAUGUGAUAUUAGAUAUUUAAAUUUAUCUAAAUUCGACGAAGCUAAAUUUCCAUUUAUUCUAAACCAAUAAUUGGGAAGCUUCAAGAAAGUAAUCUUUUAUCGGAUCCUUGAACCUUUCAUUCUUUAACAUAUUUUUCGACUAUAUUCGAAGGAACAAAAAAGACAACUCAAGGUUUUGAGCAUACCUGAACCAAACAUAGAAGAGGAGGAAGAAGAAGAAAAAGAAGAAGAAAAAAGAAGAUUGUCUCCUCGAUCGAUCAAAAACUUGGUACCUUCCUGAUUGGCUUUAAUACGCUCGUAAUUCGUAGGUUCUAGUCAUAUAAUGACUCUAAAGUAAUGAAAAAAAAAAAACGAAAAAUAAUCAAGAAAAAAUAUAAAAAAAAAAUUGAGAGAGUGAGAGUGAGAGAGAGAGAGAGAGAGAGAGAAAGAGAGAGAGAGAGAGAGAGAGAGUGCGAGAGGGAGGAAAAAGUCGACUCUCGAGGGAGUUCGAUAAUUUAUGUAUACGCAGAUCGACUCGACAAAGAAGGAGACCCAAAGGAUAAGAUAUAAGAAAAAAAGAAAAAAAAAAAGAAAACUAUGCGAAAAUGACCGAUUUGUGUUCAAACGGGUGUGCUCUAUCGAAACGAAGAUAGUCGUUUCGACGUCGGUUCUAAAAUUCUAUUAUAAGAGAUAUACGACGAAGAAAAAUCGGAAGAUUUCAGCGCGAGAAUGGCAAGAUUGAGAAGCCAAACGCGCCUCCGACCGGCCGAAUUUGCGAAAUCCUCCUCGUAUCGCGACUGCCUGAGAUUUCUUUGCGAAGCUUGCGAUUGGCUAUCUAUCUGCGUUUGAACUACGGCCUUUUUUCUUCCUAUUAAUAAUUAAGAUUUUUUGUUCAAAAUCAUUUCUUUUCGACAUUCCUAUCUCCAUAUGAUCUCUUUGUAAAAAUUAUUUAUUACAGAAUAAAAAUCUAAAUAGAAAUAUCAAUUUGUGUGAUAAUAAUAAAUUAAUUGAAAAUAUAAUCGAACAUUGAGAUAAAUUUUUAUAUAAUGAAAAAUAAAAAUAAAGAUAAAGAUAAAGAGUGAGGUCGUAGGUCACGUGGAAGAAGCGUUAUUCGUCCAUCAAAAGGUGAUGUAUUCUUUAAAGUACAAUUACGUCUUGUUCCAUAUAUACGAAUCGAAAUUACUUUCAUGUUCCUAUUUCGACGUUUAAGGAAAAGCGAACCAUCGAUUCUGUUCGCUGUCGGGCGAUGGUGUCCUUGUUGAGAGUCGCAGAUCUCACUUUUCGCUAACGACCGGUCGGAGAUGAUCGCGCGGCCGGCAUCUCGGUAGUGGGUCAGCCUAGAGAAACUUUUCGAAACUAGUAGGGAAAGAAAAAAAAAAUACUAGAUAAAUGGCGCUGGUACUACAAGACGCGGUGUUAGCGUAACCGGUAGUACUCGUAGUUUAGCGCUUUAGUCGUUUGUAUAUCGUGUUCUUUUUCUAAUAUUCUCACUAUAUCAGCCCGAUCUCGGCGUGCAAUCACUAUUAAAAAGAAAGAAAGAAAGAAAAAAAAAA